AUGACCACUUUGUUUUCUUCCCAAUCUAAAGAUCAUGGAAAGGAUAGUCCUCAUACUAUGCAAAAGAUGAUAGUAAAAUGGUUUUGGUUUUCAAAGUUGACUUUUGAUACUAAAGAUGAAGAUAUAGCUAAUGAAGCUUUGAUGUCUGUCAAGCAGGAGCAUCGUGAGAUCAUUGGGAAGAAUUUAUCAGAGUUUAAGAAGUCUGUUGAACGUAAGAUCAAAGAAGUUCAUGAUUUUAUCACCAUAAAAGUCAAGAAGUUUGAUGGAAUGUUCCUUGGAAUCCAAAAGAAUACUGAUUUUCGUUUGGGUGUUGCAAAAACCUUGGUUCAAGAUUUUUGUGUAUUCAAUAUUGAAUACAAAGAAGUUCUUGAGAAAAAAACAUUGACAUCUAAAGAGCAUUUCAACAAAGUUGUAUCUGUUGGCUCAUCGAAAAAUGGUGAUGAAGUUAAUGGAAAAGUUGAUGUGAAGGUAAUUUCAUCUCAAAUUCUUAUUCCGAUUCCUAUAAAAGUUAUGCAGACUAUGACAACAAAAACAACAACAUCUUCAUCAGCUAAUCUCAAUGUUGAGAUUGAUAUGUCGAUGGUUCAGUCCAAAAAGGAUUUAAAAAUCAAUAAAGCUGGAAGCUCUUCAAUAGUAAAGCAUGUUGAUAUGAUAAGUAAAUAUAAAGGAAAUGGGUCUCAACCAACAGAAUAG